AUGCCGCGUCUCGACGAAAGCACCGACGCCCUCCUGCGCGUCGGUUCAGAUGCCCAGAAGCACGUCCGACGUGUCUGGCACGGAUUCUCCGACUUCGUCCUCCGUGACAAUGUGUUGGAAGUCUCUAUGGGUUUGAUUCGGAAUUUGGAUGACAAGUUUGCGGUCCUGAAGCCAGGACCGAGCUAUGUGAGUGAUGGGUAUAAUACGCUACAGCAGGCGCGCGAUGAUGGUGCCUUGGUUAUGGCUUAUGGUCAUGAUGGACUUAUCAAGAGUCUGGUUCCAUGCAGAUAUUGCGGGAAGAAGAUCCACGAAGCGGCCAAGCGGUGUAUUUUCUGCUCUAGUUGGCAGGAUGGAAGAGAAGAUCUUCCACCUUCUCAAUGA